AUGGUGCUCAAGACGCUCAUCCUCGCGUCUCGCGUCCAGAUCGACGACAACGGCAGCUUCAUGGUGCUCUUUCGCUCGGUGGACCCCGAGGCGCGCGGAAUCGUCAAGAAGGACGCGACGAGCUCAUCUGGAUUUUCGAUAGAGAAGAAGGAGGUUUGGAGCGACGCCUUCAGUUGGGGACUCUACGAGGCCGCGGGAGAUAGAGGCCAGCACUGCCGCAACUACUUCGGCGGCUUCGUGUCUAGCCUCGUGACCGAACGCAGUCUCGAGUUCUGGCUCAUGCACAUCCUUCUCAUUGCUGUGCGCUGUGAGAACGAGGUCAUCGGCCCGCUCUUUAUCAUGCAGUAA